AAAUUUGUGUAAACAAAUUUUGGCACGCUCGGUGGGACAUUCUCUGCCUCUCAUCUCUGUUUCCAUGGAUCCAAAGAAAAUUGGCUCUCAACCCGCUGGCGCGACAUCUGUCACGGUUCAGGAGCGAGCUGCAGCAUUGGCUGCAAUGUUCCAGAACACUGGUAUCAUUACGAGAGGAAUGCGGAAGAAGAAUACUGCCUCUGCUGUAGCAGAUCUGCAAACUGCAUGCGUUCCUACCAAGGCGCGCAAACACCAUGCUUUUCCCUCAGUUCCUAAGGUGUUUGUCACACCUUCCUCUCAAAGUUCACAUGAAGUCCGUGUAUUCGGUUCAUUUCCAGCUGAACUGGAACAACAUCCUGUUGCUUCUCUUAAACUGAAGCAAAACUUUCUUGGAGCUUAUGACAAGAUGGUCAUCCACAAUAGCCCACUCUUCGAAUUUUAUGACGGAGAGAACAACUCUGAAACUGGUAGUGUUUCUCCAACUGCGACAUUCGAAGAGGUACCUGGUUCCGAAGACCCCUUUGAGUUCUCACAUGCAGAUACUGCGUCUGUAAUGGUGAUUAAUGCGAAAACUGUGGAGGAGCAACUUGCUGAGAUGAGGGUUCUUCUCGAACGGCUAAAGGCGGAUGGAGAAGAAAAAGAUGCUAAAAUCAAGCAUCUAACUAAGAAGCUUAACAAACGUCCUACAAACACCCCUUCAAGUCACGGGAGUUCUGAGAGUGAUGGUGAUAGCUCUGACUCUAGUAGUCAUUCAGGUGGCUCUGUCAAAGUCAAUGCCAAAAAAAUACAAGACAUGGUAGCCAAAGCUAUCAAAAGUGAACUGGGAGGAGGCUCUCACGGCAAUCAGCGUUACGUCAAACCUUAUACGAAGAGAAUUGACAAGCUGCGGAUGCCAACAGGUUACCAUCCACCAAAAUUCAACCAAUUUGAUGGGAAGGGUAAUCCCAAGCAGCAUGUCGCACACUUCAUAGAGACAUGUAACAAUGGCGGUACAACAGACGAUUUGCUCAUUAAGCAAUUUGUCUGUUCUCUCAAAGGGACUGCCUUUGAUUGGUACACUGGUCUGCCCGCGCAAUCCAUUGAUAGUUGGGAUCAAAUGGAGACGGAGUUUUACAAAAGGUUCUUUAGCACUCAACGCGUAGUUAGCAUGACAGAGCUAACGCAAACUGAACAAUGGAAGGAUGAGCCGGUCCUUGAGUACAUCAACCGUUGGCGCGCGUUGAGUCUGGAAUGCAAAGAUCGUCUGACUGAAACUUCUGCUGUAGAAAUGUGCAUCAAUGGAAUGGACUGGGAUCUUCUUUAUAUCUUACAGGGUAUAAGGCCGAGAUCAUUUCAAGAGCUGGCAACGAGGGCUCAUGAUAUGGAGAUCUCCCUGAAAAACAAGAAAAAGGGGACUUCUUCGGAAGCAAAGAAAGAGAAGAAGGAAUACACUAAGGUUGAGAAACCUUUCAAGAGUCUGACUAAGGAGACCAUGUCAGUAACUACUAGUUCAGCGCCUAUCAAGAUUUCAGGAAAGGCAAAGGAGGAAUACAAAGCCUCAUCUUCCAGAUUUGUCAAGAGUGACAAGCCUACCUUGAAAGAGUUGCAGGCUAAGAAGUACCCCUUCCCAGACUCCGACUUGCCUGGCAUGUUGGAUGACUUGCUUAAAAAUAAAGUCAUAGAACUUCCCGAGUCCAAGCGACCUGAACAAAUGGGAAGAACUUCCGAUCCUAAAUACUGCCCAUAUCAUAGGCUGGUGAGUCAUCCUAUCGAAAAAUGCAUAACUCUUAAGGAGAAGAUUAUGCAACUUGCUAAAGAUGGGAAGAUUGUACUUGAUCUUGAUGAGGCGGUUACAACUAAUCACGCUUCAGUAGUUUGUGAAUCACUUCUGCAGGCUCAAACCCUACAAUUUGGAAGUUUAGAGCCAGUAAUUGUCUACGUGAUCAGACCAGCAGUUCAACAUGAUGAUGUGUUGCCAGUUGAACACGAGGAGGAUGACGGAGGGUGGACGGUUGUCACAAGUAAAAGGCCGAGAAAACAAGUACACAGGCCACAACCGCAACCCCCUCGUCACAAGAAGAAACCACAAAAGAAAAAGAGCGACAAGCGCUCGAAAGGAAAAAAGAAGUUUAGGGGUGCUAACAAACAGACUGUGCUCCCUAUCGAUAUUCUUGAACAGGAGCCUUUGGAUCCUGUAACUUUGGAAGAAUUUUUUCCAGAAGAUUACUUUACUGCAGUGACUGUCAAUACAGUCUCAUUCAUUGAGGGUGAGGAGGAACUAGUCGGUGAAGAAGCGACGUCCAUAAAAUUGACCUCACCACAUUCUGAACCAGUGGUAGAUUCAAAAGUUGCCGCUAUCUUAGAAGCGUUGCCAUCACGUAUGGGCUGGAAGCAAAUUUUCCAUUUGCCUAAGGAAAUGUGUCAACAGGUGGCCCUUGCCCUCCAACACCCGGAAUUAUAUGUUGACAAGGUAAAGGAUGCUGGGGAUCCUGCGGAAAAUUCGGCCAAAUGUUUGUCCUGUAAUACAGCUUUAGCCUUUACAGAUGAUGAUUUGCUCAUGGGGUCAAAGCCCCACAAUCGACCUUUGUUUGUGUCUGGCUAUAUUCGUGAACAAAAAGUUGGUCGUAUCUUGGUCGACGGUGGAUCCGCUGUCAACAUCAUGCCAAAAUCCACAAUGAUUGAUUUGGGGAUAAAAACAAAUGAAUUGUCAACCAGUCGGAUCGUCAUUCAAGGAUUUAACCUUGACAGCCAGAGGGCAAUAGGCAUAAUACGCCUCGAACUCACCAUGGGGGAGUUGACAUCAUCUACCCUUUUCCACGUGAUUGACACAAAAACGUCUUACAAGAUGUUACUUGGACGCCCUUGGCUUCAUGAAAAUGGUGUCGUCGCUUCGACCCUCCACCAAUGUCUCAAAUACUAUCGUGGAGGUGAAAAGAAAAUCAAUGGGGAUGUCAAACCUUUCGCCAAGGCCGAUUCCUACUUCGCUGACGCAAAAUUUUUUGAAGAUGAAGGGGCGUCAAGUGAGAUACUGCCAUCUCAAAUCCUCUCUACAGGCAAGAAGGAUGAUAAGAAGAAAGUUGAUUCAUCCUUAAUCCCUAAGGAGCCGCCGAUUCAGAGGAAAGAAAUUCAGAAGGAAAAGGUGACUAAAGAGGUUGUCACUCAACCCACCCAAAAGGCAAAAGCGUCGUCGACCGCCCCUAUCCUGCGGUACAUCCCAAAGUCGCAACGCAAAGAAGGAGAAUCACCAUUUGAGGAAUGCCAGGACCCUAAAAUUGAGGGAAAGGUGGAGAAGAAAGUUGAUGAAGUCGCUCUCCAAGACUUGAAGAGUAAAACAAUCUUUCCCCUAGCUAAGGGUAAAAAGAAUCGAAUCAUCAAGUCGCCUACAGUUGAAGAACCUUCAGGAGUCAAGGAGCUAAACAAAGAAAAGUUUGACCCGAAUGCAUAUAAGCUCCUGGCGAAGUCGGGAUAUGAUUUUGAAAACCCAACACCUAUGGGUAAAGUCAUUGAUGCUAAACCUCAUGGUCUCAAUGACACACAAAAGAAACUUCUGGAGUACGGUGACAGGUUUCAAGAAUCCAAGACGGGGGUAGGAUUUAAACGCCCUACACCAGUCAAAAUCUCGAUAUGGCGAAAAGUGAAUACCUCAUCUUCACAGUAUAUAACUGCAGAAGAGGUUGAAGAAAGUAAAGUUGAAAGUGAUGGUCGGCCAGAAAAGACUUCUGUUUUUUAUCGACUGUGUCCACCUGCAACUAAGAACCAGGCAUCUGUGUUUGACAGGCUUGGUGAACAUGAUAGUAUGAGGAAGAUAUCAUCAAGUCCUCAGACAAAGAGGAAAGGAUCCGUCUUUAGUCGUGUCGGCGUGUCAUCCAUGCCUGACGACCAACCAAGACGUUCGGCACUUAGUCGCAUAAGGAAGAGAAAUGAUGAUGCAAGAAAAAAUGACGACGCAAAGGAAAGUGAUGACGCAAGAAGUGUGGUUCCCUCCCGCAUGAAACGUACUCAAGACAUAGACAUCACCGAACAACAACCUCUUAAAGCAAGGGUUCGUACUGUGGUAUUUACCAAUCAGGAGAAGUCAUCUGAUAAUUUUGCGGAGGACGACCGAGAGUUUGUUUCCUCUAAUCAUGUGACAGCGCAAGAAGUCUCAAAUUCUGAUGAAGAAAUAGAGACCGAGGUGGCUCCCAAAAUACUUGAAGAUGGGGGGCAGACGACUGUGGACGAACUAAAAGAGUUAAACCUUGGAACUCUUGAAGAACCACGUCCUGUGUAUGUUAGCUCUCUUCUCACUCAAGAGGAAGAACAUGAGUAUGCUGAAUUACUCUCAGAGUUUAAAGACGUCUUUGCUUGGAGCUAUAAAGAAAUGCCUGGUCUCGACCCGAGAAUUGCUGUCCAUCGCUUGGCGAUAAAAAAGGGUGUUAGUCCAAAGAAACAAUCUCAAAGACGUUUUAGACCGGAGUUGAUCCCUGAAAUUGAAUCUGAGGUAAACAAACUUAUAGGUGCAGACUUUAUUCGUGAAGUCAAAUACCCCACAUGGAUAGCAAAUGUAGUCCCCGUGAGAAAGAAAAAUGGACAAUUACGGGUUUGUGUGGAUUUUCGUGACUUGAACGAAGCAUGCCCGAAAGACGAUUUCCCGCUACCAGUCACGGAAAUAAUGAUAGAUGCUACGACUGGUCAUGAAGCAUUGUCUUUCAUGGACUGUACAGCCGGAUACAAUCAAAUCCGCAUGGCUCCCGAAGAUCAAGAAGCGACAGCGUUCCGCACACCGAAAGGGAUAUUUUGCUAUAAAGUCAUGCCCUUUGGAUUGAAGAACGCAGGAGCCACGUAUCAACGUGCGAUGCAGAAAAUUUUUGAAGACAUGAUGCACAAGAUAGUGGAAUGCUACGUUGAUGACUUAGUAGUCAAGUCCAAAAAGAGGGAGAGUCAUUUGUCUGAUCUCCGCAAAGUCUUUGAAAGAUUACGAAUAUGUCAACUAAAAAUGAAUCCCCUUAAAUGCGCAUUCGGUGUCACAUCUGGAAAAUUUCUAGGUUUCAUUGUCAGGCAUAGGGGUAUCGAAAUUGAUCAGACAAAGAUUAAGGCAAUACAAGAGAUGCCCGAACCUCGAAACCUUAAAGAACUUCGUGGCCUUCAGGGGCGUUUGGCAUACAUUCGAAGGUUCAUCUCCAACCUUGCUGGGAGAUGUCACCCAUUCAACCAUCUCAUGAAAAAAGAUACUUCGUUUGACUGGGAUGACUCGUGUCGAAAGGCAUUCGAAAGCAUAAAAAAGUAUUUGUCUUCUCCACCAGUGUUGGGGGCACCAGUCAAAGGAAAACCUCUUAUCCUUUACAUUGCUGCACAAGAGCGGUCGUUGGGGGCAAUGUGCGCUCAAGAAAUAGAGGAUCGCAAAGAGACGGCUCUUUACUACCUGAGUCGGACUUUGGUGGGUGCUGAAUUGAACUACUCACCCAUUGAAAAAAUUUGUCUUGCUUUGGUUUUUGCCAUCCAAAAGUUAAAGCAUUACAUGCAGGCUCAUACAGUCCAUGUCAUCUCAAAAGCUGACCCAAUCAAGUAUAUCCUUUCAAGACCAGUUCUCUCAGGACGACUUGCUAAAUGGGUUGUACUCAUAAAACAAUAUGACAUUGUGUACGUGCCGCAAAAAUCGGUCAAAGGUCAAGCAAUAGCAGAUUUCUUUGCAGAUCAUCCAGUGCCACCUGAAUGGGAGCUUUCUGUUGAUUUGCCUGGGGAGGAUGUGUUCUAUAUUGACGUACUCCCACCUUGGGAAAUGUAUUUUGACGGGGCUGCUCGUCAAGAUGGCGCUGGAGCUGGGGUUGUCUUUUUGUCUCCAGAAAAGCAUGUUCUGACUUACUCGUUUGUGUUAACUCAGUUAUGCUCAAAUAAUAUGGCCGAAUACCAAGCCCUCAUUCUAGGCCUCCAAAUGGCUGUGGGACUAGGAUUAAAGGACUUGGAUAUUUACGGAGACUCACAGCUAGUGAUUAGCCAACUCUUAGGAGAAUAUGAAGUCAAGAAAGAGGAUUUAAUUCCUCAUCACAGACAUGCAACAAAAUUGCUUGAGAAGCUUGACACUGUUAAGUUAAAUCAUCUCCCAAGGAGUGCCAACAAAAUGGCUGACGCACUUGCAGGGCUUGCAGCCACUUUGGCACUGGGGGCAGAAGAAACCAUGUCAGUACCGGUUUGUAACCGUUGGGUCGUUGCGUCAGACAUAGACGAAAUUGAAGAUGAGGAAUAUGAGGAAGUCGACAUGAUCACUGUUCAUCAAAUUGACCAAGAAGAUUGGCGUCAACCAAUUGUUGACUAUCUAAGUCAUCAAAAAUUGCCUAGUGACCCAAGGCAUAGAAUGGAGAUUCGUCGUCGAGCCCCUCGAUUUAUACUUUUUAAUGGAACUUUGUUUCGACGAUCUUUCAACCACUCAUGGUCGAGAUGCAUCGGAGACGAGGAAACAAUGAAAGCCAUGGAAGAGGCUCACGCUGGAAUUUGUGGUGCACAUCAAUCAGGUCCUAAAUUGUAUGAUUGCCUUAAAACAAUGGGCUAUUAUUGGCCAACAAUGGUGCAAGAUAGCAUGGACUACGCGAAGAAAUGUGAAGCUUGUCAGUUUCAUGCUAAUUUCAUCCACCAGCCUCCAGAACCAUUGCACCCUACGGUCUCAUCUUGGCCUUUUGAAUUAUGUAUACAAGGAUUUUGUUGGCGGUGUUAUAUCUUGGCAAAACCUAGUACAAUUAGGAUUCUUGGAUGUGAAGGCUCUUAUAUACUGCCGGGUAGAAACCAAGUGAGACGUAAACAGGAGAUUGUUAAGUCAAUUUUAAGUUGA